AUGGAGGCGAAGCGAUCGGAUUGGGGAUUGGACUUGCUCCACGAAGUGCGAUCUUGGAUCUAUAUCCUAGCUCUCCUAGGGACAAUCGUAUACUAUUGGAGAAGCAGAUCUGCCAUAUUCCCUGUCGUCAAUAAAUACAGCUGGGACUUCACACGACGGAAAGCACAUGCAGCAUACAUGCAAGAUGCUCGAGGACUUAUUGCACGAGGCCUGCGUGAGAAGAAAGGACCCAUCACUCUCGACACACCUUCUGGGCCUCGAAUCGUUCUUCCUUCAUCCUUGACAGACUUCGUCAAGAACAACAAAGAUCUCAACCACCAGGAACUCGUCUAUCACGACUUCUUCGGCAACUAUCCCGGAUUCGAAGCGAACGCCGUCAUGCACAAUCCCGAUAACGUGGUGAUCGAUACUAUUCGCAAGAAGCUUUCGAACAACGCACGUUUGAUUCCGAUCAUGAGCGAACAUAUCGGAGAGGGACUGGCAGGUAUUUGGGGCGAUGCAGAAAGCUGGCACGCUCUUGAUUGGGUACCUGAUACCAUGAAACUUGUGUCGAGAGCUGCCUCUUGUGCAUUCGCGGGAGAACAUCUUGCUCGGGACGCAGAGUGGCAAAGGCUGACACAGACAUAUGCUACGAAUUUCUUCUCUGCUGCCUUUGAGCUUAAGCGAUGGCCACACUGGACAAGGCCGACUCUGCAUUGGUUUCUGCCGGGAGCGACGGAAUGUCGGAAAUUGGUGAAGGAUGUCAGCAUUGCUACUCAGGCCGAGAUCGAUCGGAGACGAAAGGAGAAGGACGCUGGCGCAGAAACUGAUUAUCCCGAUGCAAUCAUCUGGGCUCAAGAGAUCGCUGGUGAUAAAAAGAUCAAUCAUGGUGCCAUCCAACUCGCAUUCGCAAUGGGUGCUCUAUUCACAACAUCGGAAGCUUUGCGAGGGGUGUUGAUCGAUCUCUGCGAGCACCAAGAGCUCAUCGAGCCGCUUCGUAAGGAGGUCCGUGAAGCACUAUCGACGUCCGGUGUAACACUCGCGGCGCUCGCAAAGAUGAACUUGAUUGAUAGCGUAAUGAAGGAGUCCCAGCGACUGGGCCCUCCAUCAAUCGUCGGACUCGAACGCCAGGCGACAAAAGACGUCUAUAUGCCAGAUGGCACCCGGCUUCCCCGAGGCACAAUCCUUGCAGUUGAUUCUUCAGACAUGUGGAACCCGAGCAUAAAUCCCGAUCCAGAUGUGUACGAUGGCUACAGAUAUUACAGGAAGAGAGAAGGCGGCGACAACCAGACAUGCUUCGUUUCAUCUACGCGAGAGCACAAUGUAUUUGGUAUGGGCAAGCACAUCUGUCCUGGGCGAUUCCUUGCAGCAGUUGAGAUCAAGCUGUGUUUGGCGCAUAUUUUGCUGAAGUAUGAUAUUCGCCUGCAGAGAGGAUGCGAACCCGAGACUAUCAAGAAUGGACUCUUUCAAAUGGUAGAUCCGGCGGCGAAGGUGGAGAUUCGGAGGACGAGUGGUGGUGAAGCGAAGCUUUUAUAA